CCAAGAAGUGCGCCGGCACAGCGAAGGAACAGGAAGCCUGCCAAAAUGAAUACAUCAAGAAACCAGGGCUCUGCUCGGCUUCGCUGUAGGAGCAGAGCAAAUGGAUUCUGAACAUGUGUUUGCUUUACGCUGCGAUCUGUUCCCAAUGUGGCAGCCGCCUCUUCCUGGGCAGAGAGAGAGAAGCGGAGUUAUGAAUGGGAACUGCGUGGAUGCCUACCCUACCUUCCUGGCUGUGCUCUGGACCGCAGGGCUACUGUGCAGUCAAGUCCCGGCGGCCUUUGCUGGCCUGAUGUACUUGUUCGUGAGGCAGAAGUACUUCGUUGGCUACCUGGGAGAGAGAACUCAGAGCACCCCUGGCUACAUCUUCGGGAAACGCAUCAUUCUGUUCCUGUUCCUCAUGUCCCUGGCCGGCAUACUCAACUAUUACCUCAUCCUCCUGUUCGGCAGUGACUUUGAAAACUACAUAAAGACCAUCAGCACCACCAUCUCCCCUCUGCUUCUCAUCCCCUAGCUCUCUGCUGCAUACGGGGCCGUGCGCUCGUGCGAUCGAUACCUCGGAGUCGUCAUAACUCAGAGCCUUAAAGGAUCCUGCUCCUCUCUGGGCAGCAGUAAAUCUAAUCACCAUCUGGCACUCACGGCUCCAGUUAACCUUGCCUUUCCGAGAAGAAGACAGUUUUGUGUCAGCUCCUCCCCCUUGAACUCGGCAGUGGCCUCAGUUUUGUUAUUCAGAUCCGUUCUGUGUAGCUCUUGGCUUAUCCUGCUCACCCAGCAUGUUUUGUGACCAGAUACAUAUUUUCCGAAAAUAAAACACGGAGACUUCU